AUGUCGGUCUCCAAGUUUGUAGAGCACGAAAAGAGCACGAAUCGAUUCCUCCGUGAGCUGGCCACCUCGCCGCGACUGGGCGACGUGGUGGAAGUGCUGGCGACCGACCGCGCGACCAUGCUCAUUGUGCCACAGGGCGUCUCGCUGGAACCACUGCCAACCCCUCUCCCUGUUCAGUUCAUCCAGUCGCAUGUGGUCUAUCUCAACCCGGCCAAUCCGUCCCAGUUUGUCUCGCUCAACGGCCUGCCCGGCUCGCUCAACGCGUCGUACUCGGAGCUGCUGACCUUUACCCCUCCACUCUCGGAUCCGGACGCCGUCGAGGCCUUUGCCACCGAUCCGCGGUCGGUCUUUGCCUGGCCGCUGUAUGAGACUCCGCUCGAGGUCCUUGCCGAUCAGACCGAGAUCCUCUCGGUCCAGCUCCUCCGCAUCGCCUCAGUCGUCCUCGCCGGCCGCGAAAUCGACAUUUACAUCACGGCCCAUCCGCUCGUCUUUGACGGCUGCUCGUGGGCCAAGCACGUGGUUGCGCCCGGAGUUGUGGCAGGUGCCCCAGACGUCCGUACUUCGGCUGUAUCAUCCCCUCGGACCCACUCUGCGCUUGCCACGUCAGUCGCCAACUUUCUCCGCGACUUUCGCCCGCACAAGCUGGCGGCAGCGGCACUCAAGACGCGUUCAACUCCUGCGAGCGCAUCCGUCGCAGCUGCGUCCCCGCCGUCGCCGGAUCAUGACCCGCUCUCGGCCGCGGGCACCGAGUCGGCAUCGGCGUCGUCGGCACUGGGCUCUUCCACGCCGACGAGCCUUGACUUUCAGGCCUUUCUCGCCCAGCUCCAGCACCCGUCGGCCUUUGAGGUCUUCAACACGGUCAAGGCGUUUGUCGGCAACUUUCGUCGGGCGCCGCCGCCGCCGCGACUCAUGUCUGAGACGGUACGGUCCUUCCUCGAGUCCACGGCCUCGCUCAUGGUUGCGCAUCCAAUGUGGAGCGAGACUUCGCCGGCCGAAUUUGCCAAUGCCCGCGAGGGUCUGGAAAAGUACGUCAUGACCAAGCUGUACGCCAAGGCGUUCCGCCCCGGAGGCGACACUGACGCCGAACGCGAUGCUGCACUCGCUGCACACAUCAAAGCCCUUGCUACCUUCCUCCGCCCACACCACCUCGACAUCAAGCCAGAGCUCUGCAACGAGUCGGCCAUCAAGCUCGCUGCCAAUGAGCUCGCCAAGAUGUCGCACUACAAGGCGCCACGCGACAAGCUCGUCUGCGUCCUCAACUGCUGUAAGGUCAUUUUCAACAUCCUUGCCCACGGCUCGUCCACCCCUGCAGGUGCCGACGAGUUUCUUCCGCUCCUCAUUUAUGUGGUGCUCCGCGCCAACGCCCGCGCCAUGCACUCUAACUGCGACUACAUCUCGCGCUUCCGCUCGCCUGUCGCGCUCAACGGCGAGUCCGGCUACUACUUUACCAACCUUGUCUCGGCCAUCACCUUUCUGGAGAACUGCAAGCCCUCCCAGCUCAACAUGACCGCCGAAGAGUUUGACGCCGCCAUGGCCGCCGCCCCGGCCCCGAGUCCGUCGUCGGCUCCGCGUUCGCCGCCGCGCCGCCAGCUGCCCGACCCCCUCUCAGCCGCAAACAGCCCAGCCCCGGACACGCCGUCGGUCCCGCUCGUUACCUCACUCAUCGACAUGGGCGACGCUGCCGACGACGCAUCGGCCCACCCGCCGCCGCUCAUUCCGUCGUCUCCGCUCUCGGUCCCGUGGGCUCGCCCGCCGCCGCUUGAUCUCCAGCCGGGUGACAACCCUCCGCCUGCCGAAACCGAUGCCCACCCGCAGGCUGAAGCCGCGCCGUCUGCCAAGGGACCGCGUCUCCGGACCGAUGACGAGGGCAACAUCAUCUUUGCAGUCGACUCGCCGCGGACCAACAAGUUGUUUGACAUGCCGUCGCCCACCGCGGGCGCCACCGCUUCACCUGCAAUUGCUCCCACCUCCACUGCAACCUCGCCGAGUGCCACCCCGCUGGGAGUAACCAGCCCACCGGGCGAGCUCCGGGCAGCACUUUUGGCGGUGGCGUCGCCCGAUGAACUCACCCUCGCCGACGUUCGCUCGCUCUGGGCCGACCACCGCGCGCUUGCCGCCGAGAAUCGCAGGCUUAAGGCUGCUCUUCUCGAGGCCCAGCUGCGGGCCAUCCAGCCGCGCGAGGAGCUCGCUCCGGCGUCCGACUCGGGUUCGGCGUCAUCAUGACUCGCGCCGCAUGACCACAAAGCCACACCGAUGCCAGCUGCCAGCCCACUCCCGAGCCCACUUCCCUCUGCGCAUCUCAACUUCGACCUGCGCCUCUGACCUGAGUCGCAUACAUCCGUCAGCCGUCCCGUCGCGCCCGUCGUGCUCUGGCCCGUCUGGCCACUCGCGGACUUCGCCGGUGGC